ACUUUUCCCGAGUCUGUCGCGCUGCGGGCAGGAAGGAGGCGGGAAGCUCCAGCGGACGGACCGUUUCUCCCGGUGAAUUUCCCGUUACUCCCGGUCGAGUUACUGUCAACGUUACUGCCUCCUUUCGGUGUCACGCGGGCGAACAUGGCCGUGUUGAAGAUACAGGACCAGCCGUCUCUGUUAAGAGCCAUCUUCAACGUCGACCCGGAUGAAGUUCGCUCUCUCAUAUUCAAGAAAGAGGAUGUCAACGUUCAGGACAAUGAGAAGAGGACGCCUUUGCAUGCUGCAGCCUACCUGGGCGACGCUGAGAUCAUCGAACUGCUCAUCCUCUCCGGAGGCAGAGUUAAUGCCAAAGAUAACAAGUGGUUGACUCCUCUUCACCGAGCUGUCGCCUCUUGCAGUGAGGACGCUGUGGCGGUGUUGCUGAAGCACAGUGCGGAUGUCAACGCCCGGGACAAGAACUGGCAGACGCCGCUCCACGUGGCAGCGAGCAACAAGGCGGUGCGUUGCGCCGAGGCUCUGGUCCCGCUGCUCAGCAACGUCAACGUGUCGGACCGGGCGGGUCGCACCGCCCUGCACCACGCCGCCUUCAGCGGACACGUAGAGAUGGUAAAGCUGCUGCUGUCCAGAGGAGCCAACAUCAACGCAUUCGACAAGAAGGACAGGAGAGCCGUCCACUGGGCCGCCUACAUGGGUCACCUGGAGGUGGUGAGGUUAUUAGUGGCCGGUGGAGCAGAGGUUGACUGUAAGGACAAAAAAGCGUACACACCACUGCACGCAGCCGCCUCCAGUGGCAUGAGCAGCACCGUGCACUACCUGCUCGGCCUGGGGGUCCACGUCAACGAGGUGAACGGCUAUGGCAACACUCCGCUGCAUUUGGCCUGCUACAAUGGGCAGGACGUGGUGGUCAGUGAGCUCCUCAAGGCAGGGGCCAACGUCAACCAGGUGAACGAGAGGGGGUUUUCUGCUCUCCACUUUGCCUCCUCCUCACGCCAGGGGGCGCUGUGCCAGGAGCUGCUGCUGGCCCACGGCGCUCACAUCAACAUGCAGAGUAAGGAUGGUAAAACCUCCCUCCACAUGGCAGCUACCCAUGGAAGGUUCUCCUGCUCUCAGGCCCUCAUUCAAAACGCAGCGGAAAUUGAUUGUGAGGACAAGAGCCGAAACACUGCCCUCCACAUCUCUGCCCGCUACGGCCACGAGCUCAUCAUCACAGCACUCAUCAAACAGGGAGCCGACACGGCCAAGAGAGGCGUUCAUGGGAUGUUUCCUCUACACCUGGCAGCUCUUAGCGGCUUCUCGGAUUGCUGCAGGAAGCUGAUGUCCUCAGGGUUUGACAUGGACACCCCUGACGACUUUGGAAGGACCUGUCUACAUGCUGCUGCAGCUGGAGGGAACCUGGAGUGUCUGAACCUGCUGUUAAACAUCGGAGCGGACUUCAAUAGAAAAGACAACUUUGGAAGGACUCCUCUACACUAUGCAUCAGCCAACUGCAACUAUCACUGUGUGUUCGCCCUGGUGGGCUCUGGGGCGAGCAUCAACGAGCGGGACCAGAGAGGCUGCAGCCCCCUGCACUACGCCGCCGCGGCUGACACUGAUGGAAAGUGUGUGGAGUACCUGUUGAGGAACGACGCCGAUCCAGGGAUGAGAGACAAACAGGGUUACAGCGGCGUGCACUAUGCCUCAGCUUAUGGACGCACACUCUGCCUGGAACUGAUGGCAAGUGAGACACCUCUUGAUGUGUUGCUGGAGACAUCAGGGACAGACAUCAUGUGUGACUCGGAGAGCCACGCCCCCAUCAGUCCACUCCACCUAGCGGCUUACCACGGACACUGUGGAGCUUUAGAGGUUCUCUUAUCGGCCCUGCUGGAAGUGGAUGUUUGCAGCCCAGAGGGCCGGACCCCCCUCAGCCUGGCCUGCUCCAAGGGUCACCAGGAGUGUGUGUCUAUGCUGCUGCACCAUGGCUCCUCCCCCAUGACCCGCGACUACACAUACAAAAGGACGGCCAUACACGCUACAGCUAUGAAUGGCCACCCGGAGUGCCUCCGCCUGCUCAUGAGCACCAACGACCAACACAUUAACGUGGAUGUACAAGACACCAAUGGACAGACGCCUUUGAUGUUGGCAGUGCUGAAUGGACACACAGAGUGUGUGUACUCUCUACUCAGUCAAGGAGCCGGUGUGGACUAUCAGGACCGCUGGGGGAGGACGGCACUCCACCGAGGGGCGGUGACCGGCCAGGAGGAGAGCGUCGAGGCCCUGCUGCAGCGCGGGGCCAGCGUGUGCGUCAGAGACAUCCUGGGCCGCUCCCCUCUACACCUGGCAUCCGCCUGCGGCCGCGUGGGCGUCCUGGGGGCCCUUCUGCAGGCUGGCAUCAACUCUCUCACGCACCUCACCGACAACCAGGGCUACACACCACUGCACUGGGCCUGCUACUACGGAUACGACGCCUGUGUGGAGGUGUUGUUGGAUCAAGAGGCGAUCAAGAAGAUCAAAGGCAACCCGUUCAGCCCUCUGCACUGUGCCGUUAUGAGCGACAACGAGGGAGUGGCUGAGAUGUUGAUCGACGCCCUGGGCACAGCUAUCGUCAACGCCACGGACUCCAAGGGCAGGACCCCCCUUCACGCCGCAGCUUUCUCCGACCACGUGGAGUGCGUCUCCCUCCUGCUCAGCCAGGGCGCUCAGGCAAACGUCGUUGACACGCACAUAUGCAGCACCCCGCUGAUGAUGGCAGCUCUAAACGGACAGACCAACACAGUGGAGAUGUUGGUGAGCAGCGCUAAAGCAGACUUCACAGUACAGGACACAAACAGGAACACGGCACUGCAUCUGGCGUGCAGCAAGGGUCACGAGACGAGUGCCUUGUUGAUUCUGGAGAAGAUCAGCAAUAAGAACCUCAUCAACUGCACCAACACGGCUCUGCAGACGCCCCUGCACGUAGCAGCCAAGAAAGGUUUGACAGUGGUGGUCCAGGAGCUGCUGAGGAAAGGAGCCAGCGUUUUAGCAGUGGACGAGAACGGUUACACUCCGGCUCUGGCCUGCGCUCCCAACCGGGACGUGGCCGACUGUCUUGCGCUCAUCCUCAACUCCAUGAUGCCCACCUCCCCCAUGGUCACCAUAGCAGCUUUGCCCGCGCACUCUCUAACUCAGACAGUCGUCAACCACCACCCCGUCAACAAGCACGCCUCCAAAGGCGUGGCCUUUGACACCCCGCCCUCUCUGAGGCCCGACCACGCUUCCUACUGCAGACCGGAGAGGCCACCGACAUCAAUCGUUGGGGAUGAUGAACUGAAUGACUCAGAUUCAGAAACAUACUGAGGACAUAACUGCAAUUGGACAGAGCCCCACAAUACUGACAAGCUAGCCAGCCACUCAGGAGCCUUAAUAGAUCAUUCAAAAAGAGAGAAAA